AUGGCAGCCGCAUCAGAUGCCCCCUGCCGACCUGCAAUGCGCAUUGCGGUCGGCAUUUGUUUUGACACUGACAGUGGUCCCCUCCUUUGGUUGAGCUCCUUGAGGCUCGCAGAGCCGGCAAUCCACCCGCCAGAUUCCGAGCAGGAUUUCAGAGGCGUACGCAUUGCUAACCGUCAACACAAUUGCGAAGGCAGCUCAUCGUCAUUGCUUUUUUGCACAUCAGUGUCAAUGGAGACUGCCAGUUCCUCAGCAUCUGCGGCAAGCGCCAGGAACGUCCAAGGAGAGAAAGAGCGCCAAAUUGGGGCGCAGGCUGAACCCCAUUCACAUGGUGCAACAGGGGGGGUUCCAGAAAUAGGAGCUGCGGCAACAGAAGCCCGGCGGAUAGAAAAGAAUGGCGUGGACACUGGGGCUUCUCAAAAGGCUCCUCACUUCAGCAACAUGUCGGCUGCCUCGGUACAAGAGCAGAGCCACUCCAAGGCAGAAUCAAGGAGCAUUCCCAUACCCUCAAAGUCCGUGUCUCAGCCUCAGCCACAGGCCUGCUGUGGAGAGGCGACUUCUCCUUCCACCCCUCCUCUUGGGCCUCAGACAGGGACCCUCCCUCGCGAGGGCAUUCUGUCAACAGCAACACGAGCAGCCCUGGAGGAGCGGCAGUCCUCGAGAAGAGACGCUACCUGCCACAGCCCUUCCCCUUCCAGAAGGAGGCCCCCUCUUUCCCCCUCGUCAAGCUCUGGAGGCAUGACCCCCCCAAAACCACAAGGGGCUCCGUCUCCAAAACCGCAGAAGACAUUCCACAACCCGUAUGCUAAGAGUCCCUUCAGAGUGACGGGGUUCAAUCCGGGGUCGCCUAGGGCACCAGUCCCUUUGGCACAGCUCUCUGCAGAAACGGAGAAUGAGCUGUUGCAGGCAACGCAGAGGGGGCUGUUUUCGGACGACGACGUGGCAGAAUCUGAGCGGUCGCCCAAAGACUUUGGGGGAGGGUGUGGGUGCGCGCGGGCGCAAGUGGAUCUAUGGAGCUCUGACGGUGGCAACAAGCGCUCAGCACGCGACAGGUGGCGCAGGGCUAGGUUUCACGUGGCAGCAGCGCGGGCUUUUGCGUACGGCAGGGUCGGUGGCUUCUCGGAGGUUACAGAACCGGAGAUCAGAGGCGCGGCGACCGGGACGGAGCUGGAAAGGACAGAGGAGCCCCUCAAUCCCGCCAGUCCCGACUCGAUCGUCCGCUCGGCUUCCAUAACUCAGCCGAAAGCGGGCGUUCCUGUGAGCGACGUUUCUCAAGACAGGGGCCGGCGCAGGUUCGAAGGGAUACAAGUCAUCGAAGAUCGAAGCUGGCUGGUCGUCUUCUCGGACUUCUACAUAGCUGUGCUCAAGGCCCCGGUGCUGCUCUUUGUGGCCGUCAUUUUCCUCUUCCCCGCCCUCUUAUGCCUCUUCUUCGUUCCCUUAUACCUCCUCGACCUGGCUGGUCUUCAGUGCGACGAUUGCCAACCCCCCCUCCCCUCAGCUCGCCUAGAAGCCCCCCCGGCGCCUACAGAAACUCAUAGCCUAUGCCACGUGCUACUGUAUAGCCUAUCGCUGUCGAUGCUGUUCGGGGGCUCGCCGGUGCAGGCCCACAGCCGGUAUACGCUAUUGGUCGCAAACAUUCAAACGCUGGCGGCAAACUUCACGUUUGUCUUCCUGAGCGGAGCAGUGUUCUCACGUAUGUCCCAGCGAUCGCAGCCGGUCCAGUGCGCGCGCAAGGCGGUGAUUCGGCCGGAUGACGUCACCACAGCGGGCGGCAGCGUCAGCGAGCGCUUCAGGGUGUUCCUGACGAGGCUGGUGUUAAAGGGCCCGAUGCCCGCAGUGAUGGUGGACGUCCGCAUCAAGCUCACGUUCCGGAUCUUCGUCCAACAGCGGAACGGAUCCGUCUUCUGUUCGACGGCGGCGCUGGAUCUGGUCCGGCCAGAAGUGGCCUAUCUGCAGUACGGAAUAGCGGUGAAGCACGUGAUCGACCGUAACAGUCCACUCUACGGCCACACGCGGGAGUCGCUUCUCGCGGGCGACGCCUCCUUCUCUUUCACGGUCCUCGGCACUGAGCGCGCCAGCCUCCAGAGCGUCUUCCAUAUGCAGGAAUACUUUAUGUCGGAUGGAGACAUCGCCUGGGACAGCGAUUUUUUCAACAUCAUCUCCAUCGACUCUCGGGGCAUCCGAGUGAUCGACCACACCCAGCUGGAUACGCUCAGCGUGUUCCGGAGCGCAGCCCAAGUCCCCCGGGCGAUCACAAGAAUGCAAAACCUCGUCAGAGCGACAAGAACAGGCUCCAAGAGUUCCCUCUCUGAGACAGAACAGUGCCAAGAGGGAGACCCAACCGACAACAGCGGUAAGAAUCUGGACAGGACUCAAGGCAGUGAUGUACCGGACGAAAGCUCGGCCGGCGUGACUCAGAAAGGGGUCAGAUCAGACACUUCGGACGGCUCUCGGAUGUCCGAAAGUGGUCAGGUCGGAGAAACCACUCGAAAGGGGGGUAACUUGGAAAAGCCGAGCACGGGAAAACUGAAAGGGUCAGUCGAGGGGACGAGUGAUCGGGGCAAAGGGGAGGAGACUGGACAGAGUGCCCGGAGGAAAGCGGAGGAAGUUGGUGGGGCGAGUAAAGGAGAGGAAGAGAUGGUGGGCGAUGUGCUGGGAGGGUUCACUGGGCCCGCAUCUGACUUUGGGAGGGGUCUCUCCCGGGAAGCGCUGCAAAGCCUGAGGCAGCGGAAGAUCGAUAGAGAAGGAAGGGCGAAGGAAGAUGCGGGAGAGAACGCUCAUGAAGGUAAGGGAGUGACGGCGCGUCGUUAUAAUGCAGGUUUUUGAGAGUGAGGGCCAUCUAGCUGACAUGGUGUGCUUAACAGUCACGUUGCCGUAAAGGAAUUGUACUAGUCGAGUUCGACCCUUAAGCACGCUGAGAGAGGAUGGUGAAAUAGACGGAAACGGAGUUGUAAAUUUCUGGAGGAGAUUGAGUAUAGGUUUUCUAAGUCGAGGCGAGCGCCUCCAGCCAAGUCGAAAGCCGGAUCGAUCAGAGUCCAGUUGAAACCUGCCUUAUCUUAAGAUGUGAUCACAUGCAAGCGUUUGGAACUGGAUGGGUGCGGGCAUUUGCAAUCCCCGGCCAAUAAGUCACCG